CUCCUCUCUCUCCCGCUCACGCCUCACCAAAGCUUCCCCUGUUCUUUCGCUGUAAGAAAGCUGACGAUCACACACUACACUCCACUCGGAAAUCACCGAAGCGGACCGCGACCUUCGAAGCUCUUCGCUCAUGGCGGUCCCCUCCACAUAGGCCCAUCCGCUCUGUUAGUUGGAGAUGGAGAUUUCACUAUUCACUUCAACCUGUGGAGGAGCACAGUAGUUUGGAGAGCACAAUAGAACCGCCUUGUGUAGUGAUAGGCCAUUGAACCAUGUGAGUAACGGCAAAGAGAGCAAAAAUCUAGGUGUUAAACUUUUGGCAGAUUUGGAAUCUUAUUUGCAGGACAUCAACGAUAGAGUUUGGAUUUUCGAGAAUGGUGAACGUUGUGCCUGCACUGGAGCAAGAGGCUGAGGAGAAGAUUGGUGAAAAACAGUUGGAGGUAGCUGGACUGAAGGAAACAUCGCGUGCAUGUCAUACUGCAGAGGACAGGGAUAAGCUUUUGCAUGUUCCAUCAUCACUGUUGAACGAGGGGAAUACCCAACAGGACUCCAUUUUAGUCGUCUCAAACCUUCAUAAAGAACAUGACAGGAAUUCGGAUUUUCUGAGGAGCCGUAUAAGUGAAGUGAAAGAGCAGCUAGUAGAACUCAAGAAAGAGGUAAACAACGUUAAAGGUGGAAAUCGUUGUGGGAGGAUUAAUUCAGGUGAUGAGUUGGUAGGGUCGGAUGGUAUCUUGCUGGAGGAGGUGUCUGAAAGACUGAUCGGUGUGGACAGUACUUUCGAUGCUCCCCAGAGUACACUAGAUUCUUUCUUCAGCCAGCUAAAGGAUAUGGUUCACAUAUCUAAGAAGUCGCUUCGUAAGAUGCAGCAGGAAUGGGAACUAAGAGCAGAAAUUGAGGCCAUUGUGAUGACCGGCUACAUCAGGAGCCUCCACAGUGAAUUUGAGAGGAAGUUUUGGGACCUUAACGGUUAUUCUCACGGUUCUGAAAACCUCAGUUCCCUGAAGAAGAUAAAAGAGAUAACAGCUCCUCUACGUGAGGAACUGGUUAUGCUUUCUAAUCUGUUGUCUGGCAAUGAUAAUGGGCAGCUAAUUUCUCAAGUGUUCUUGGAGGAUGGUGAAGAGUGUUUGAUUAAUAAAAGAACUGAUCACUUGAACCAGAAACUGUCAAAGAAUUUGGAUGAUGAGCUGAUGAUCACCAUGCCAGAGAAUUUGGACCCAGUGCAACUAAAAAAUAUGGGAACGGAUGAAUGGAUUUGUUAUUUCAAGACUGAGAUGACCAAAAUGAAAAGAUACCAUGAGUCCAAGGCAGAGAAGAUGACUGAGGAGUAUUUUUCUCUCAAGAGAGAAUACUUCAAAAAAAUACUUAAUGAACCUUCAUUGACCGUCAGAAAGGACAAGGAAUUUGAAGGAUUGAAGAGAAAAAUCUCUGACGUGAUCUCGAAGUUAGAUGACAUUUUGAGGGAAAGUAACAGCGUACCUCAAUCUAAUGGAGAUGCUGGCAGUUUUGGCACUAUGAGGGCGAGAUUGGAAGAUCUUCUGGCUGAAAAUCACCAGCUAAGAAGCGUUCUUUCUGAUAUGGCAAAAAGGUGA